CGCUCCCCGGGAUGAAUGACCCCUCCCUCCCCGGCAGGGCUGACCGCUCCCCAGCACGGCAGCCGCUGCCCAGAGCCCCUCCGCCCCGGCGCAGGAGGAGCCGCCCCUCCCGGCGCAGGCGCCGCAGCGCUGUCCGGCGCCAUGGCCCGCGGGGCGCUGCUCGGCGCCGUGGCGUGUCUGUGCUUCCUGGCCCCGGCGGCCGAGGCCUUCAAGAGGAGGGGACCCAGCGUGACAGCCAAGGUGUUCUUUGAUGUGAAGAUUGGAGACAAAGAUGUUGGCAGAAUUGUAAUUGGAUUGUUUGGAAAAGUUGUCCCAAAGACUGUGGAGAACUUCAUUGCAUUGGCAACUGGAGAAAGAGGAUAUGGAUACAAAGGAAGUAAAUUUCAUCGUGUGAUCAAAGACUUCAUSAUUCAAGGAGGAGACUUUACAGCUGGAGAUGGAUCAGGAGGAAGAAGCAUCUAUGGAGAAAGGUUUCCAGAUGAGAACUUCAAGCUCAAACACUAUGGAAUUGGCUGGGUUAGCAUGGCUAAUUCUGGCCCAGACACCAAUGGAUCUCAAUUCUUCAUCAGUGUGACAAAGCCUUCCUGGUUAGAUGGAAAACACGUAGUAUUUGGCAAAGUCCUUGAUGGAAUGUCGGUGGUUCACUCGAUAGAGCUCCAGCAGACAGAUGAACAUGACCGGCCCCUUCAAGACUGUGUGAUUGUGAACAGUGGCAAAAUAGCUGUAAAGGAACCAUUUGUGGUUGAAGUUGGUGACUGGUGAGACCAACAAUCAGAAUGAAAAGUAAAACUUAAUCACUUUUCUUUAAUGCCCGUUUUUGACUGAUCUCAACUAUCCAUCGAGUGAGUUUUCUCAAAACAUGAGGCUGUAUUUAAGCAAUACUUACCAUUUGCCAAGUACAUAAAAGAUACGACUAUUUCUAUAACAACUUGAUGGAGCUGUCACUCCUUGAAAUUCAAGACAUAGCCCAUAAAAUUCUAGGUCUUGCAGAAAAAUCUUUAAUGAAAAAUUAUAGCAAUAAUUCAAUUUUUUCAAAGUUUAAAAUACAGUCAUUUUGUUCUCUUUGGAAAUGUUAGCAAUAUUUGUUUUUGUCUUACCAACUGAAAAUAUUUACUGUAACAGUACCAGCAUUUAAAAAAAAUUUAAAAAAAAUACAGAAGAGUUUUGAAUUAAUAAA